UUAUUUAUAUUUUUUUUUAACCUGUGUACCAAACGUACAAAAUUGUCUAAUUGGAAUUCAUCAUUAAAUUAAUACAUUUAUUUAAAAAUAAAUAAAUCAAAGGAUCAAUUGAGUUUUUUAGAAUUUACUUAAAAUGAGGCCAAAAAGAAGAUGUGCUACGAAAAACAAACAAAUCUCUGAUAGUGGCAAUAAUAAAAAAAUGCAAAAAAGAACAUGUGUUGCAAAAAACCAACAAAUUUCUGAUGGCGGUGACAAGAAUAAAAAAAAAGUUGUCAUCAAUUCACUGGAUCAUGACUCGUUAGCAAAAAUCUUUAUGCUGUUGCCAAUACCAGAACGGAUAGAAAUGGAAAAAGUUUGUACCAAAUGGAAAGAGGCAUGUCAACUAGCUUGGUAUGACAUUAAAAAAUACAAAUGUGAAUCAUCAAUUGGACGUUGUUAUGAUAACCGUUUGUUGACACAAUCAUACCUUGAAAAAAUAUUAUUAAGAUGUGGUAAUUAUCUAAGAGAUUUGUCUAUCUCAGAUGUUUGUGAUUCAAGUAUCAUGCCAUUUGUUGGUGAUCAUUGUAAAAACUUAACAACCUUGGAAUAUAAAUUUAAUGGUAAUUCCUUAAUUUAUAAUGCUGAUCACUUUGUUCAAGCAUUUACACAAUUGGAUAAAUUAAAAUGCAUUAAAAUGUUAAUGAACCAUUCGACAACAAAAAAAGCAGUUGAUCUAUUUGAAAUAAUUAAUAGUCUUCCAAAAGAAAUUAAUGAAAUUCAUAUGGUUAAUGAAUGUCAGUGGCACGAUAAACGAGCAGUUCUUUUCACUUUAAAUAAAUUUAAAAAUCUUCAGAAACUGACUUUAAUUAACUUCUGCGUAGACGAGGUAGUUCUUCAAGAAAUAGCAGAAGCAACAACACUUGUUCAUCUUGCAGUUCAAUUCUAUGAUACCCACAUAAAGUUUCCUCUAUUCGAUAAACUCGUUAAUUUGGAAUAUAUUCGAAUAGAGAUUCCAAUAGCAGUAAACUCUACAUACGUACUCAACACUAUUUUUGGUACAUGCAAAAAUCUAAAACAUCUUGAUAUUCCGAGUUACUCUUAUGAUCUUGCUAAACUUCCUUUGGCAGAAUGGAAAAACUUAAAGAAUUUAGAAUAUCUUACUUUAUCUUGUGAUGAAGUAUUACCUGACUUAGCAGAUACAAUUGUUGAAUAUUGCGAGAAUUUAAAACACUUGUCCAUACAAUCUAGAUGCGCUAUUAUAGACGCAAAUGUUGUAAGUAAGUUAACAAAAUUGGAAAAUCUUGAAAGUUUAGAGAUCAAUAAUAGAUACCUCAGAGAGGAAGCAAUAAUCGCAAUUUCAAACAAUUGUAAAAAACUUAAACGUUUAGAACUUAAUGAUUGCUAUAUAGUACCAUCUAUUGGUAGUAACAAACUUUCUUCUCCAUCUGUUUUAAAUAAGUUAUCAAAAUUACAAUAUCUUGAACAUCUAAGCUUGAAUCUAACAGAUAUUGAAGAUAAUACAAUUAUUGCUAUUGCUAAUAAUUGUAAAAACCUAAAAUAUUUAGAUAUCUGUGGUAACAAUGAAGAUAUUACUGAAACAGCUUUUGUUGCUUUAACAAAGUUGGAAAAUUUAGAAACACUAAAAGUAUAUUGUCGUCAUAUUUCAGACGACUUCAUUAUCAGGUUGAAAGGAUUGAAAGAAUUAUUUUGUGGUUAUUCUGAGAAUCUUACUAAUACUGGUAUUAUUCAAUUUAUAAAAAAUAACCCAGAUCUUAAAUACAUCUGUGCCUCUGGAAAAGAUAAUUCUACAAUUGACUUGGUUAUUGCUGCUGAUCAGGCAACUAAAAAUCGUACAAAUGGUAUCAUUUUACACAUAAUAGUGUAUUGUCCGUUAUUGAUAGAAGCCUCCAAGUCAAUAAUUACAUCUCAAUGGUUGGUUGUUACUGGUUAUGGAGCAUAGAUUUAUCCUUCAAAUUAAUUUAAAUUUAUCGUAUAUCUUUCUCUCUUAUUCAUAUACGCCUAAUAUUCUGUCAAAGACAUUGUAAAAGAUUAUUACUAUUAUUAUUAUAACUUGUUUUCUAUAUUACUAUAAAUCAUAAAAAUUAAAAUUUCUUUGUUAAUAUUUUUGUAAAACCAAGUUCAAUAAUAAAAAUAAUUUUUUGUGUGUGGACAUGUUAUCAAUGCAUUUUUACGUGUACAAGUCUGCAGUUAAAUAAUAAAAAUUAGAAACAAAAA